AUGCCUAAGAUUACCGAAAUCUUCUUUGAUUGUGACAACACCUUAGUCCUCUCUGAGGAGCUGGCCUUUGAGGCAUGCGCCGACCUUACAAAUGAGAUCCUGGAGAGCCGCGGUAUCCCUGAUCGCUACACAGGGGAGCAGCUGAUUCAAGACUUCGUCGGCCAGAACUUCCGUGGAAUGAUGGUCUCCCUCCAAGCCAAGUACGGAUUCGAGAUGCCCCAAGAGGAACUUGAAGCGUUCGUUAAGAAGGAGGAGGACAAAGUCAUCGCUAAGCUGGAAGCCAAAGCUCAGCCUUGUGUCGGUGCCAACGAGGAACUUGAGAAGCUGUACAAGGCCAAGAAGUACCACUUGGCAGUUGUCUCCUCGUCUGCCUUGCGCCGCGUCCAGGCCUCCAUCAAGAAAGUCGGACAGGACAAAUUUUUUGACGAGGAUAUGGUCUUCAGUGCUGCCACCUCUCUCCCGAAACCCACCUCUAAGCCCGAUCCAGCUAUCUAUCUCCACGCCCUUGAAAAGUGCAAUAAGAAGCCGGAAGAGACUGUUACUAUCGAGGACAGCAAGUCUGGCGCUCUUAGUGCUAUCCGCGCCGGCAUUCACGUCAUCGGUUACGUUGGCAGCUACCCUGGUGAUGAGAAGAAGGUCGAAAUGGCGAAGCUCCUCAAGGAGCUUGGCGCCGAAGUCAUCAUGAAGGACUGGUCAGAGUUCCAGGACUGUCUCUCUCAAAUCGAACGGCUUGAGCAGGCUAGUCAACCCACCCGCCACCGCCUCUCUUGA